GAGCAGCAGCCCUAGAGCCUCUCGCAAGUCUCUCUCACACUUCCCCGCCCUCGCCCCAAAGGAGCAGCAGCUCCUUCUUGCCUCUCCAUUGCCGCCGCCGCACCGGCGGAGCUCCUCUCCCGCGCGUCUCUCCUCCGAUGGAGCUCGGGCGCCGCCGACGCCGCCGCUGCCCCGAACCCUGAGCGGGGCUGCCCCGGUCGGAGGAACGCGCCGCCCAGUCCGAGGGCGCAGAGCGCCCAGGAGCACGCGGAGGGCUGGGGCGCGGGCUCCGGGAACGAGAAAGUGCAGCUCUCUCGGGUCACUGGGCCGGCGGCGGGGGGACUAUGGCUCUGAAGGACACGGGCAGCGGCGGCAGCACCAUCCUGCCCAUUAGCGAGAUGGUUUCCUCGUCUAGCUCGCCCGGCGCGUCGGCUGCCGCCGCCCCGGGGCCCUGCGCACCCUCGCCCUUCCCUGAAGUAGUGGAGCUGAACGUAGGCGGCCAGGUUUAUGUGACCAAGCACUCGACGCUGCUCAGCGUCCCGGACAGCACUUUGGCCAGCAUGUUCUCGCCCUCUAGUCCCCGUGGCGGCGCCCGGCGCCGGGGCGAGCUGCCCAGGGACAGCCGGGCGCGCUUCUUCAUCGACCGGGACGGCUUCCUUUUCAGGUACGUGCUGGAUUAUCUGCGGGACAAGCAACUCGCGCUGCCGGAGCACUUCCCCGAGAAGGAGCGGCUCCUGCGCGAGGCCGAGUAUUUCCAGCUCACCGACUUGGUCAAGCUGCUGUCGCCCAAGGUCACCAAGCAGAACUCUCUCAACGACGAGGGCUGCCAAAGCGACCUGGAGGACAACGUCUCGCAGGGUAGCAGCGACGCGCUGCUGCUGCGCGGGGCGGCGGCCGCCGUGCCCUCGGGCCCGGGAGCGCACGGUGGUGGCGGCGGCGGCAGCGCGCAGGACAAGCGCUCGGGCUUCCUCACGCUGGGCUACCGGGGCUCCUACACCACCGUGCGCGACAACCAGGCCGACGCCAAAUUCCGGCGUGUGGCGCGCAUCAUGGUGUGCGGGCGCAUCGCGCUGGCCAAGGAGGUCUUCGGGGACACGCUCAACGAGAGCCGCGACCCCGACCGGCAGCCGGAGAAGUACACGUCCCGCUUCUACCUCAAGUUCACCUACUUGGAGCAGGCCUUUGAUCGCCUGUCCGAGGCCGGCUUCCACAUGGUGGCGUGUAACUCCUCGGGCACCGCCGCCUUCGUCAACCAGUACCGCGACGACAAGAUCUGGAGCAGCUACACCGAGUACAUUUUCUUCCGACCACCUCAGAAAAUAGUAUCACCUAAACAAGAACAUGAAGAUAGGAAACAUGACAAAGUCACUGAUAAAGGAAGUGAAAGUGGGACUUCCUGUAAUGAGCUCUCCACUUCCAGUUGUGACAGCCAUUCAGAGGCAAGCACUCCCCAGGACAACCCGUCCAGUGCCCAGCAGGCAACAGCUCACCAACCUAACACUUUAACAUUGGAUCGCCCCUCUAAAAAAGCACCUGUGCAAUGGAUACCCCCACCAGACAAACGCAGAAACAGUGAACUCUUUCAGACACUCAUCAGCAAGUCCCGGGAAACAAAUCUGUCCAAAAAGAAAGUCUGUGAGAAGCUAAGUGUGGAAGAAGAAAUGAAAAAGUGUAUUCAGGAUUUUAAAAAAAUCCACAUUCCAGAUUAUUUUCCAGAGCGCAAACGCCAAUGGCAAUCUGAACUGUUGCAGAAGUAUGGGUUAUAGUAAUUAUCACAUUCCUGCAGUAUUUUGAUGACAUUCAAUGUUUACUACAGUGUCACCACCUGACUGAUGUCCUAACAAUGGUCAGUGUGAUUCUUGCUGCUCUUCCUUGUUGUGAACAGUGGAUGUGGGACAGUAUUUUCUUUUAUGUUUUAGUUGUUGUUCUUUUUAGAAACAUGAUUAAAAAGGAAAAAAAAUUAAAUCAAUAAGUGUUAAAUCAAAAUGGAAUAUCUGAUUCAAACCAUUUUACAAGAAUGAAAGUAAAAUGUGCAUGAUCAAGCUUAGUAUCUUGGUUUUUGAACUCUGGUCAACUGGAUAUGUUUGUCAUUUUGUAACUUACCAAAAACAAACCAUCAUAUCAUACCAACUAAAAUGAUAUAUGGAUGAAGCAACAUCAAGUAAAAUUUUAGACGAUGGUUAUAGGACCCAAAUCUAAAGCUGUCUAAAUGUUAAUGCAAUAAAACAAGUAUUAUUUUUGCAUGAAUACAAUGUUACAAAUAAAUCACAAGAAAUAGGGAAGAUCUGUUUGUUGCUUGGAAAGAAAAAAAUUACAAAAAAAGCAAAAAAAAUGUUUUAGACAAAGCCUAUAAAUGUAAGCUGUCUAGGAGAUUGAAUUUUCUUUGUUCCAGAUCUGUGACUUUUUUGUGUAUGUGUAUGGUGUUUAUGUAUAUUAAGAUGGUGUAAAUAUGCCUUAUACUGUUAUUUAUGGCAUCAACAUUCAUUUAUUAAUGCUAGUCAUGAUUAUUACUGUGAAAUGAGUCUUUUACAUCGGGCUGUGAAAAUUGGUAUAAUGAUGCUUUGAAAGAUCCUAUUAUGUUAAUCAAAAUAAUAGAGGGAAAUGGUAAAGAGCUUUAUGUAUUUAUUAAAAAAAGAAAAAAUGUAUUAGAA